AUGAAGAUGGAAUUUAAGAUUACCCACACAUGGGAUGGUUUACCUGUGAGCCAUGAGCCGAUAACUGUUGGGCUGAAGUCAGACAACGCAGGACUGGUAAUGGAAGUGAAUGCUCCCUUCUUUAACGAUCCUCCGGCACCACUUGGAGAUCCAGGGAAACCUUUUAGUCGACUGUGGGACUAUGAGGUUGUAGAAGCGUUUUUCCUGAAUGACAGAACUGAGCAGUAUUUAGAAGUUGAACUUUGUCCCCAUGGACAACACUUGCUGCUGCUGCUUUCUGGCAAAAGAAGAGUAUGGAAGGAAGAACUUCCUUUAGAAUUUGAGGUGACCAGAAUGAAAACCAAAUGGGAGGGUAAAGCUCGUCUUCCUUGGAAUUAUUUUCCGCCGUGCAUUAACAAGUUCAACGCAUUUGCAAUUCAUGGCUCGGGAGAACAGAGAACAUAUGAAGCGCUUUAUCCUGUGCCUCGGCAUGAACUACAGGAAGGACAGAAACCAGAUUUUCAUCGCCUGGAAUUUUUCAAAGAUUUGAGGCUGAAAGGACUAAUGGGAGAAGAUUGGAAGCAGCCUGAAUCAGAUAUAUGGAAGUCUCUCCCUAGUUAA